AUGUUUGGGGACCUUGGUCACGGUGUGGUCAUGGCAUGCUUUGCCCUGUGGAUGGUGCUGAAAGAGAAGAGCCACAAGCGCAAGCGCUCUGAUAAUGAGGUGAGAGUGUUUUCAGUGUAAUUUCUAUCAAAUUCGACUGUGUUUUUGUAGUUGUCUUGAUUUUGUUGUGUAGAUUUUGAUUUACUGCCAUGUAUGUUGGUCUUGGUUUCUCUAUUGCCCUCAGAUCUGGACAAUGUUCUUCGAGGGACGUUAUAUCAUACUAAUGAUGGGCCUUUUCUCUGUGUACACGGGGCUGAUCUACAAUGACUGCUUCUCCAAGUCACUCAACAUAUUUGGCUCAGGCUGGAGUGUUAGGGCUAUGUUCACAGAUCAGCAGUGGACGUGAGUCAUCAAAACGAACACACAAAAACAUGCACAUUAGUACAUUCGUAAGCACAUUAUGCACAGAAUUGAUGGUCAGUGUACCUGUCGAUGUGAACAUGUAAUUUUAAUUUAGCUGUAACUGGCUGAGGUUAUUGUACUCAUAUUCACCUCUUAUUCCAGAAAUGAAACUCUCCAAACGAAUGCUUUGCUCACCCUUGAUCCCAAUGUCAGUGGUGUCUUUAGUGGGCCAUACCCUUUUGGCAUCGAUCCUGUGAGUAUACAUGCACACUGCACACAGACACAAAGCAAUGUUCUCAGAUGCUAAACACACAAACCCACAAUCACGCACUCUCAUAUGUCCCUUCUCAUGCCUUUCACUGAUCCCAAAUCCCAGAGAUUGACGUUGUCUAAUGUUAUGUUCAUGUUAUGCUUUGUAUCACACCCACAGAUAUGGAACAUGGCAGUGAAUCGUCUAUCCUUCCUGAACUCCUACAAGAUGAAGAUGUCAGUCAUCAUAGGGGUCGUGCACAUGAGCUUUGGGGUGGUGCUCAGUGUCUUCAACCAUUUGUGAGUGAGCAGUUGGUGGUUCCUAACAGUAGUCACAAAAGUUGAAAAACUUCAGAAAGAGUUUCUCUAAAUGUAAAUCCUCCUUUCCUCCCCUUCUCUAUCCAGGCACUUCAAACAGAAUUUCAACGUCUACCUGCUGUUCCUCCCUGAGUUGCUGUUCCUGCUGUGUCUCUUUGGCUACCUGGUUUUCAUGAUCCUUUACAAGUGGCUGGCGUUCGGUGCACGUGACUCCCGCCUGGCCCCUAGCAUCCUCAUCCACUUUAUCAACAUGUUCCUCAUGCAGGGAGGGGACAACACCCCUCUCUACCCUGGACAGGUGGGUGUUGGGGACGGGUUCAUGAUUCCGAGUGUCCCUCCUGAGUCUGGGUUUCUCAGCAUCUGUAUCUGAAUCUCUGAAUGUCUCUUUUUACCAUCUGUCCAUGUGGCUCUGUGUUUGACUGUGUGUAUUUUGCUCCGCAGACUGGGCUGCAGGUCUUCCUGGUAGUGGUGGCUCUGCUGUCUGUGCCUGUGCUGCUGUUAGGAAAACCUGUCUACCUCUACUGGCUGCACCGUGGAGGGAAGGGCCUGCGAUUGCGCAGGGUGAGUAUGGUGGAAAGAGUAAUGUGUUUUCAGUAAAUAAUGUAUGUGCACAUUUUAAUGUCUGUUGUCUGUAUUUUAGGGUUAUGAGAGAGUUCGACGUGUGAGUGAGGAUGAUAUGUCCCAAGCACCAGCAUACGAUGAUGAUGAGGAAGAGGGAUUAGAUGAUCUCAUGACCAGCAGAGGGACCCAGCCUAAGGAGGUCAGAACCACAACUGUACAUCUCAUAUAUACACAUUUGAAUACAUCACUGUUGCGUUUCUGUCUAAUCAAUGUAUUGUCCAUCUUUCAGUUUGACUUUGGGGACGUGUUCCUGCACCAAGCCAUCCACACCAUAGAGUAUUGCCUGGGCUGCAUCUCCAACACAGCCUCUUAUCUACGUCUUUGGGCCCUCAGUUUGGCCCAUGCUCGUAAGUAUCGGACUCACUAUGCCUUUAAAAGGCCACAAGGGGGCAAUUACUAUCAAUGACUGUCUCUAUGUUCAGAUAUUGAUCCAUACAUCUUCCUCUUACUAUGUCCAUCUAUAUGUUUGUCAGAGCUUUCGGAGGUACUGUGGGCCAUGGUGAUGCGUCUGGGCCUCAGGAUGACCUCCAGACUGGGGGCUCUGUUUCUGGUACCAGUGUUCAGCCUGUUCGCUGUGCUCACUGUGUCCAUCCUGCUAGUCAUGGAAGGGCUCUCAGCCUUCCUCCAUGCCCUCCGGCUGCACUGGUGAGUCAGUCUUUAAACUUAACUACGUGAUGCCUUACUGACUAACUAAUUCAGUCAGUCAAUCAAUCACUCUCUGUUAAUCACUCAUCUACUCUCACAUUCCCCGGUGGUCACCUACUCGGUAUAAUUCAGUAUAAUUUUUACAAAAUCUCUUAAUCAUUCACUUAGUAAUUUGUUCACACAUGCAUUCAUACUGGUUGUUUACAUACAGUAUGUCAAUGCUCUCCUUUCCUAGGGUGGAGUUCCAGAAUAAGUUCUAUCAUGGGACAGGUAUCAAGUUUGCCCCCUUCAACUUCUCCGCCCUGCCCUCAGUCUUUGAGCAGGACGGUUUACUGUGA